AUGUCGGCUCAAAACUCCGACUCAAGCUCCGGUGGAGCUCCCCCAGGCACAGUGAACCUGGCUACCCUUUCUCUGCCCCAACUCCGCGCCCUUCAAACCCGUCUUACCUCCGAAUUGGAGCACCUGACAACCUCCCACUCGAAGCUGCGCGCCGCGCAAGCCAAGUUCCGCGACUGUGUGCGCUCAAUCAAUGAUGGUGUGACUGGCUCUGCGGCUAAGGGAACCGCCGGCUGCGACGAGAUCCUGGUGCCGCUUACAAGCUCCUUGUAUGUCAAGGGUCGCUUGACGAACCGGGAGAAGGUGCUUGUUGAUGUUGGUACUGGAUACUAUGUUGAGAAGACACCCCAGAAGGCUAUUUCUUUUUACGAUGAGAAGGUGAAGGGAUUAGAUGCGAACCUGGUUGAGUUGGAGAAGAUUGUCCAGGGUAAAAACUCUCAGCUGCGGGUUGUGGAAGAAGUGCUCAGACAGAAAAUGCUUGCCGGCGAGGGGGCAGAGGCUGGUGCGAGUGCCUAA